CUAUUUUCUCCUGUCACACUUGGAAACAUCAUGUGUGGAUCGACGAAUAUGUGGCAAUCUUGAGGCACUAGGUAUUCCAAUGACGUAACAGGCUGUAUAUAUUGGGGGGGUGUUGAAAGAAGGGUUGAAUUAUCCCCAGGAAGUGUUGGAUUUUCAAUUUUGGGUUGGAGAGACUCCUUGAUUUUCUCGAUUGGUCUCUCUCCCUGGGGACUGUUAUUAUUAUUAUUAUUAUUAUUAAUUUGAUUGGAGAGUGACUAUUUAACGGACGUGCCUCGACGGUGAUCCAGUGUGAGGACCGCGUGCUACUGCAUUUGCAUUCGCUCUCGAUUGGCAAACAUGCCGACAUCGCUCACCACUAAUUACGAGACAUUUCCUACAUCCUCGCUAAAAAAUGUGGACAAUCGAGGGACGGAGGAGAAAGCCACCCUCAUGGACCACAAUUCACUGCCCAAGAUCCAGAGUAUAAAUACACCUGGUGAUCCGGAGAAUGGAAAAAUUCCAUCGCAGCAGUUUGGUAGUUCUCUGCGACAAGUUUCCGCGGCUUUUGUAGCACAAUUGGGAACAGUCAACACGGGAAUGACUUUCGGAUUCUCAGCGAUAGCUGUUCCACAGCUCAAAGCUGUCACAACGGCUAUUGUGGACAGUUCAACUGUAUUAAAUGAUACCAAUGGCAAUUAUGUCAAUUGUAGUAUUAUCAAUGAGACUUUGUACAAUUGCAGUAUGUAUUCCAGUGCAAUUAGAAUUGAUGAGUCACAGUCAUCGUGGAUAGCGAGUAUGUCGUCAAUCGGCACGCCAAUCGGUUGCCUCUUAACCGGUUACUUAAUGGAUUACCUUGGUCGCAAACGUUCCCUCAUAAUCACGGAGAUCCCAGCUCUCCUCGGCUGGUUGUUGAUAACCUUCGCCACGAACAUCGAGGCCAUAUACGCCGGGCGCUUCUUCGUGGGUCUGGGCUCGGGAAUGGUGGGUGCUCCAGCGCGAGUCUACACUAGCGAAGUCACCCAGCCCCAUCUCCGAGGGAUGCUGACAGCCCUGGCCUCAGUGGGUGUGUCGACAGGUGUCCUAAUAGAGUAUGCCCUCGGCAGCAUUCUCCACUGGAAAAUAUGCGCAGCAAUAAGCGCCCUCAUACCCCUGGCCGCUCUCGUCCUCAUGUUCGCCUUUCCGGAGACCCCUUCGUACCUCAUUUCCCGGAGUAAACCCGACGAGGCGAAGAAGGCCCUGAGGAAGUUUCGGGGGAGCAACUAUAAUCUGGACAGGGAGAUGGAGACCCUCGUAAACUUCUCGGCGAAGAACAACUUGAAGAGACUGACCGGUUUCGGGGAAAUCAUCCGGGCAUUGGUCAAGCCCAAUGCCCUCAAGCCCUUUGCCCUUCUCUGCCUUUACUUUCUGAUUUAUCAGUGGAGCGGGACAAACGCCGUGACCUUCUACGCUGUGGAGAUCUUCAAAGCCUCGGGGACAAGCAUCAACAGCUACCUCGCCACCGUUAUCCUCGGAGUUGUCAGGCUUCUCUCCACCAUCGCCGCGUGUAUCCUCUGCAGGAAGUGCGGUAGACGGCCCUUGACACUCAUCUCCUCCGUAGGUUGCGGUCUCUCGAUGCUCGGCCUCGGCGGCUACGAGUGGCUUAGGGUGUACUGGAAGCAUUAUGGAAUACAGGCCACCUGGACCUGGAUUCCCCUCGUCUGCAUGUUCUCGUACACCAUCGCCUGCACUCUGGGAUUUCUAGUCAUUCCAUGGGUCAUGAUUGGGGAGGUUUAUCCGGUACAAGUCAGGGGCAUCGUCGGUGGCUUCACCACCAUGGCUGCGCACUCCUUCAUUUUCAUGGUGGUCAAGACAUUUCCCUUGCUGAAGAGCACCAUCACCGAGCAUGGGACUUAUCUACUCUACGGGUGCAUCUCCUUCUUCGGCUCGAUUUACUUUUACAUUUGUCUACCAGAGACGAAGAAUAAGAGUCUUCAGGAAAUCGAGGAUUAUUUCUCGGGGAGACCGUCCACAGUCGUUACUGGACGGUUGUUCUGGAGGAGCCGAAAAAUCACCCCCGCUGGGAAGAUUUAAAAAAUUUAUAAAAAAAUACAAUUUUCUCGGGAAACAAAUUCUCUCUCAAAUCACUCCUACUCCUAUAUACUUUUUUUGAAAGAGGCUUUUUUUUGGGCACAAAGAGGAGGUGAUAAUGAGAUUUUUCUAACAACAUUCCGAUUUCCGUUGGAAUAAUAUCAUCUCACGCAAUAAUUUAAGAAUUCAAAGUCAUUAAAUAUAUUUCACGGUUAGAAACGUUAUCAGAGAAUUACACAGUAGGUUCUCGAAAUACCCAGUGGAAACUGCAAAACAUAUUGUUUACAAUUUAGCAGUUUUAUCUCAAUGUGCCAAGGCUCCCCCACGUGUUCGCUGGAUGAACGCUUCUGACAGGUGCUAUUUAUUCCUAUUCGUGCCAAAAUAGAUAAUGAUAAUAGGAAGAAACAAUGUUUAUCACUAGAGGUAGAUAAUGCAAAGCUCAAAUUGCAGGAAAGAAACAAAUGCAGCAGCGACUUAUUUUUGUUAAUCAAAUAAGAGAUGAUAUAGUUGUACAUAAUCGUGACCACAUGUACAUAUUUGUUCCAAGUGUAUAUGAAAAUAGAUGUUUUUUUAAACCAGAA